AUGAACCCGCGUAAAAUAUCACCGUUCACUAAACAAAAUAUCGAUAAAACCCUACGAGAGGUCGAAACCGAAUUAAAUGCGAUGUAUUAUAACGAAAUAAAAUUGGGAUCGUCACUAAAGAGAAUCGAUUUUAAGCAGUGUGAUUUAUUGAAGUAUAAUGUGGAUGAGAAACGUAAAAGUUACACGGCGUAUUGUUACGUGAAGCAAAAUGUGGGUGAUGAAAAUAGAGAGGGUAUAGUCGAAAAUAUGAAAAACCUGAAAUUACCAAUAAAAAUAAUUCAAAAAACCCCAAUCAGAGUGCUCAAAAGACGUCCGCUAUUGAACAGGGAGAGGAAUAUUUUUGACCUGAAAUUAAAUUUUAUCGACGAGUACCAUUUUAUUUGCAGAUUAGAAACAGAGUCGGGAACGUAUAUAAAGGAGUUUAUCCAUGGUGAUUUCGGGCGUACACGACCGUGUUUAGCUGAGGUGAUGGGUAUUGGGGGGGAUAUCGAUAUAAUUGAAUUGGACGUGAAUCGAGUGCAUAUGGAUUGGCCGCCGUGA